AUGGCAAGCUUGGACAAGCUGGUAAGAACUAAAGAUAUUACACUAUCAACAAAGGUCUGUAUAGUCAAAACUAUGGUAUUCCAGGUAGUAACAUACGGAUGUGAGAGCUGGACUAUAAAAAAGGCUGAGCAUCAUAUAAUAGAUACCUUUGAACAGUGGUGUUGGCGAAAACUGCUUAGAAUUCCUUGGAUUGCAAGACGAUCCAAUAAAUCCAGACUACAGGAAAUCGAGAUAAACUGUUCACUGGAAGCUAUGAUCAUGAGGCUGAAGCUCAAAUAUUUUGGCCAUAUAAUGAGAAGGCAGGAUUCUCUAGAGAAGACUCUGAUGCUGGGAAAGAUUGAAGGCACACGAAGUAGGGGACAACAGAGAUGGAGAUGUAUAGAUGAAGUCACUGAAGCCAGGAACAUGAAGUUGUUAGAGCUCAGAGGGGCAGUGACUGAAAGACAGAGACAGAGAUGGAUAGAUGAGGUCACUGAAGCCACGAACAUGAAGUUGUUAGAGCUCAGAGGGGCAGUGACUGAAAGAUGUACCUGGCGUGCGAUGGUCCAUAUUGUCACGGAGAGUUGGACACGACUGAACGACUAA